AUGGACGACUUGUUUGAUUUCUGUUGUCGUCGAGGAGUCGACAGUGGUUUCCGAGCACCUGGUGCUCUUUUUGAUGCCGCUGUCGAUUAUCUCGAACCAGAAAUUGCCGUCGAUCACCCGAACAGCAGCUUGAUGGCGCCAUCUUCUGCCUUCGCCAGACCAACAGGUUUGGCCUUGUUGGCAGCCUUGGCGCUGGCUGUUUGCUGGAUGUAUGGAAUGUCUGGACGAACGUCUGAUGUUUUGGAAGAAUGUAUGGAAAGCGAACGAAUGGAUGUGUAUGAUAGCGAGGAUGAUGAUGAUGAACUGAAUAUCAGCGAAUGUGAGGAUAAUGAUGAUGAGGAUGAAACUGAUGUAUGUGAUAGUGAAUAUGACCUUGAAACUGAUGUGAGUGAGAAUGAGAAUGACCUGGAAACUGACGCGAGCAAAGUGUCUAGACUGGAAGAGAGUCUAGAACUGGAAGAUCUGAAAGAUAGUAAGGAGGAACUCGUAGAACUGGAAGAUCUAGAAGACAGCAAGAAGGAACUGGAAGAGACCCCUAAUAUUGAAGAAUUGGAAAGCACUGAGGAGGAAAGAGAGCUGCCGAGACUACAUCAAGAACAGCCAGAUGUAGAAAGGCAGAGGUUGGAAGAAACUCUGGAAAAAAGUCAGGUCUAUGGUACUAGAAUGGAAUAUCUGUGGAAGGAAGCAGAAAAGGCGAUUGAGCAGAUUCAACGUCAACUUGAGGAUAAAGAUAUUUUGCUGGAAAAGAAGGCCGAUGAGAGAGCAGCAAUGAACAGACAAAUCGAGAGUGCCUGCCUUCACAAAGAACAAGUUCUUAUUGAAAAUCGGCGCCUAGAACACGACUUGGAACUGGCUCUAGACCGAGGAGAGAAGAUAGAGAACUACAAUAAAGAACUGAAGGAGAAAAUAGUGUCUCUGGAGAGACAAUUAGAGGAGAAUGAUCAUUUGCUAAAAGAAACGGGACGAAGACGAGAGAGAAACGAAAAGUCUCUUCCAGAAGAAUAUGGUCGAUAA